AGUAAUCUAUUGACAUAUUGACUGUAAGCGGAAGAAUACAUUUAGGCACCAGUUUCAUUGGAAUCGAUUGAAAUGAGUUUGUUUGGACAAAUAGCAUGUAUCUGUUUCGGGUUGUCUUGGUGUUGUUUUUCUGUAAAUGGUGGAAAUCUUAAUAGGGAUGACGUUAAAAAUACGGUAAAUUCUUUGUUCAAGAAAGUGACGUCCGAACAAGUGAAACACGACUCUCAAUUCGUUCCACCGGUAUUCUGGGAAAAGAAACGCGGAAUGUGGGAGAGUGAUGUCAGAUUCUAUUUCCAUGGACACGAAGAUCUCUUCUUAAUGCGCGAGGCGUUCAGUAUCUAUGACGACAACAUGUUCGCAACUGCGUGGAUUGCGUCGUGUCUUCUUGAGUCAUUUCGCUAUGGUAACGGACCUAAACCGAGCGAAGAAGCAAUAACGGCCGCUGUUAUGUCAAUCGAAGAAUACCACAACAAAAACGUGAACUAUUCUAAUUCGCUGAUGACGUUUUGGCCUCAAAAAUACAACGCAACCUUUCAAGCCUGGUCCAGCUAUCCGUACAAUCCAUCAUUUUUUCCAUCUUGCUACAUCUAAAAUGCUACAUCCCUCGAACACUUUCUGGACCUCAUCGGCUUGCAUGACAUAGCUGCGAUCAUGGAGGAGCUUCUUCCAUCGGUGGACAUGUAUCUAAAGGCUUUUAUGAUACCUCCCGAUUUCGACGACACCUUCGUCAACCUAGGACUUGGAGCUCUUUUGGCAGAAAUGAAAGAAGAAUUUCCCGCAACGCAUGCGCAAUGGCGAUCUCAGAAUACCAACGUCACUUCCGUUUUCGACGCGUUAAAACUAUACGCAUAUCGCCCAAAGUCGAACGACUCCAAUAUUAACGCUAUAGACAGCCGAACGUAUUUUUACCUACGUCACUUCCUGCAGCAGGUUCCUAAAGACGAGGAUGUCGCGCUGGUCCCAACAUGGAUUCAAGACGUUGAUGACGUCAAAGAGUGGGGAGAUCGCGGCGUCAAGAUGCCGUUCCAAACCAACAACGUUGACGUAACCGUCGCCGCAAACUCCGUAUUUGGCAUCACGACUGCAAUCCUCAAUGACGUUGUCCCAGCAACCGCACUAGAUGACCCAGAUAUCAUGCAAAUUUACGUCAACACAUCUAAUCUGAUUGCCUAUAUGAUCGAGACAAACUUCAGUUCCCGUCCUGACCUUGCUCUUCUCUACUACCCGUCCGCUGUUGAGUUCUACUGGUUCGUGGCCAGAACCUACGGAGAAAUUACCAGGAAAGAGCAUAAUGGAGUAAUACCGCACCCAAUUCUUGCUGAAGUCAAGACACGUCUAAGCUCAGCCCUGCAUGACCACAUGACCUCCGAUUUGCUGAACCAGACCCGACUGGACGAUCAAGGUCACGCAUACGUCGACGAUUUCCUCGGGGACGGAGAUAUGGACCACAACAAUAAUACAGUGGUACGUGGACAAGAUCGCCUGUUUACAACAGGUAUGGCCAUCAACGCCCUGCUGAGCACGUGGACGGUCUUUGAUGAUGAAACGAAGCACCUGUAUUGGGAACAUGACACCCCACCGGAAGUGAAGGACACGGUGUCGAGGUCAGUGUCCUUCCUACAAAAAAAUGUCCUCAGCAACCAAUUCCAGCCAUGGAAUGCCUUCUUUUCCGGAUCUGUUAAAGGGUCCACGGCGCUGCCUUUUUAUUACCCGAUUAACCGAAACAGCCUCACACCAGGGCAGAAACCACAUGGUUACCAAGACAUGAUGGUCGCUGUAGAAGGGAUCAUAGACGAAAAAGAAUAUCAGGAACUUAUCAAGAAGGGUGUAGAUGGGCAUUCUGUUCCCAUAGAUUUCCAUGGUUACAACAACUAUCCGGACUACUGGCCGUUUUGGAGUUCUCAGCCGUACACUUAUGUGACCAACAUGCUGGCUUUGUCCAAAUUUUCAAACACUUACGAAUUGUCCGUAAAACAUGAAUAAAAAAUGCAAUAAUGUAUUUAAAUGCAUGUAAAUGUGUAAAAUCCGCUGGGUAGGAUAUAACUGAUAUGACCAAAAUAACCGCUUAGCUAUGCUGUAAUACAUGUGUAAAAUCCGCUGGGGUUGAUGUAUCUUAUAAUGUAUAAUAACUUUUGCAAGAUGUAAAGUUGAAUGAAGUGUGUUUAUAUCCUAAAAUCUGUUAAUAUGAGUCGCGUUCUGACAAAACUGGGCAUCAUGCAUGUGCGUAAAGUGUCGUCCCAGAUUUGCAUGUUCAGUCCGCACAGGCUAAUCAGGACGAAACUGUGCGCCUAAAUUGAAUGUUUGCUUAGAAAAGGCCCAUUUAAACGAAAAAUGUCAUAAAAGCGGAAAGAGUCGUCCCAUAUUAGCUUGUGCGGACUGUGCAGGCUAAUUUGGGACGACACUUUACGCACAUGCAUUACGCCCAGUUUUCUCAGAACAAGGCUCAUAUAAACAGCUAUGUUUUAAAAUUUUGCAGUAGUACAAGAUGUGUUUAUUUCAAAAUGGCGCAUGUAUGUGAAUCACUAAAUGACACUUAAACCACUUUUCGAAGGUUUAUGUACUUAGACAAAACUGAAAAUUUAAAAUUUCAAAACAUAAUAGCACUUUUGAGAUUGCCCUCCCAUGUUGUAUUUAUAAAAAAAGACUAGUGGAUCAAACCAAACCAUUAAAAGAAUAUUUUAAUGUUAAAUUAAACAUUAAAUUGUGUACACCUAAUAAAAUCGAAGAGGAGUUCCAAUUUGAUCUAAGAUGUUCUUUAUAUGACAAAUUUAGGAAACAAAUAUACCUUAUAGUUACAUAAAAAGAUCAACUUUGUUUGUAUCUUAAAACUUAUUGAACGAGAUAAGAAAAUCUAGUUUAUUCGUCUAAAUAAUUUCCUAUUCAAAACAUUUAUUAUAAAAUAAGAGCCGAUAAAAUAUACAUGUAUGGUAGAAUAUCUUCUUUUUUUUCCUAAAUUGAUGUUUUGUAUAUAGUAUAUUACUGCAUAAUUUCAAUCACCUUAAAUUUUCAGGUUACUUGUUUAAUACAGAACAACUCUUCUCAUACAUCCUACAUUCUCAUGAAAACAAUUAAGUAAAUUUAAUUGUAUGUAUUUACUUUCACUUUUUCUUGUUAUGUGUGUUGUUUCUAUUUUGACGUAUGUGUUUGUACAUGUAUGUUGGCAUAAUUACUUUACUGUUUAUGACGAUGAGCUGUACAUGCUUAACACUUAAAUAAACUUUCUGUUACUAUAUUUAUAA